AUGCCGGAGCACCAGAACCUAUACCGAUAUGUUGCAAUCGCAACCGCUGUAGGAGUUUCCGCGGCCGGUUUGUACUAUUUGAUAUGGCACAGGUCGAACUCGAAGAAAAAGAGCUUGUCGGUGAAGGAAUUGAAGGAUUUGGGUAACAAACUGUUCGCCGCAAAGAAAUAUGCAGACUCAAUUCGUAUUUUCUCCAAGGCUAUUGCUGCCGGCAGCUCCGAUGAUUGCGAGCUCCUCAAAGCAAUGUGCUAUCAGAAUAGGGCUGCUGCAAAGGAGCACCAUGGUGGCUACAACGUGGAUGACAUGCUCAGUGAUUGCGAACAAGCCUUGAAUUGCAACCCCCGUUAUGCCAAAGCAUACUUCAGAAGGGCACGACUCCUGGAGAUGAAGAAAGAACACAUGCCUUCUCUUAUAAGCCUGUUCUGUGCUACUCAGCUUGAUCCGGCACUCGAUACACACUCAAGUCAACUUCUGCCUGUUUUAUUGGAGGAACUCGAAAAGAAAGCCCAUCAUGAAUGGCUUGACGACACUUCCAGCCGUGGAAAAGUCAAGCAUGUACGUCAUGAAAAGGUCUACAGUUGGCUAUACAAGACCGUGAUGGAUGACUGUGUUCGUCGUGACGUUCUCACUUUGCAAAUUUCAGACGAUUCGCCGUACAAAAAAGCCAUUGAGUUGAUUCGUAAGAAGCAGUAUGACGAUGUCGCUGAUCUUGCUGUGCAGCAAACUGGAUCACAUGAGAUGGAAGCCCAGAUCCUUGCCGCUCGUUUCUUCUUCUAUCGCAACCAGAUGGAUCGCUUUGAUGUCUUGUUUGGGGCACUGCCUGAAGAAGAGAGGAAGGAGAAGGAAGAUCUGUUCAUCGCAAAACAUAUUCUUCUCAUAGAGUCAGGUCGAACACCUCAGGAAAUCAAGAAAGCAUUCACAACUGCAUCGGACGCGAUACAGAAGAAAUGUCCGGAUUUUUAUGUGAUGGCCUCUUUCCGUUACGUCCUUUGCAAUGAGAUAACUGACGCAAUGGAACUGCUCACAACUGAAGGAAUGUCGACAACAAACAUGAAGUUACUGCUUCUCACCUUACAAAUAUUGCGAAAUGCCAAUCGUGAGGAUAACACUCCUGACAUGGCUAUGUUGCAUGGCAACAUUUUACAGUUGGAGAGUUUCGUCAACUCUCUGGAUCCAAAGUCGGGUUAUGCCUUAUCGAUUCUUGCAAAGGUAUCAAUGAUUUUCAUUCACAGCGAUGAGUACGAGAGAAUCGACAAGCAUAUAGCCAUAUCAUUGUCGACAUUUGAUGAUAAUAUUGACUUCCCUGUCAUUCUGGCCGUAUUCCGUCUUCGUGAGGUACUGGCGGCGAAAAAAGAAGCUGCCUGUAUUCUCUCUUUGAGUUGA